UGGCGUGCGUAGCGACGUAAUGAAGCACUCCCUUCCCAUAGUAAAAAUGGCGUUCUCCGGUGUUUUGUAGCUGUGCCCCAGUCCCUGGCCACGUUUUUCCAGGAGCGAUGGCUCUGAGGAAGCCGACUUUGCGGCUGGGAGUUACGGCCAGGGGAAUCCGGGAAGCCGGUCCAGGGCUUAGAUACAGCUCUGCUAUUCCAUCUGCUGAGGAAGAAGUGGAUACAAGAGAAAAUGAGAUUGUAGCUCCUGACUUCACUAACCGGAAUCCACGUAAUCUGGAACGCUUGGGUGUGGCAAGAAAGGAGCGGGGUUGGAAAACCACAUGGCCAAAACGGGAAUAUUGGCAUAGGUUGCGACUUGUGCGAACACAGAACCAUGUGGAGGCCUAUGUUGAGCACUGUAGUGGUCACAUCUUAGUCUCUGCUUCCACCCGGGAGUGGGCCAUAAAGAAACAUCUUCAUAGUACAUCAUGCUUAUCGGCAUGUGAGAAUGUAGGACGUGUGCUAGCACAACGUUGUCUUGAAGCAGGAAUUGGCCUUGUGGACUUUGGCGCUACAAUUCCAUGGGAAAAACGUGCUGAUUCGGUCAAAAGAUUUGAAAAUGCUAUGACAGAAGGUGGUAUUAUUCUGAAAGAGGCGCGAAGAAUCUAUGAACAAAUCGAAGAUCCAUGAGAAGACCAUGAGAAAUACUGUUUGAAUAGACUAUCGGCUGCUCUACCAUUGCAGAGCAAAUAACAAUAAUCUAUUUCAGAGCUUUAAUAAUACUAAAGUUCAUUUUGAUAAAUAAAAAUGUAAAGA